AUGGCAGGCGGCUGGGCAGAUUUGCCCAUUGAUCUUCUUGUUGAGAUUGCAAAUCGUAUUGACGUGCUCAAAGAUUUCAUUGUUUUUACUUGUGUUUGUACCUCUUGGAAAAUUGCUGCCCCAAAGGAUAAAUUUGAUGUGUUUUCCCCUCAAGUUCCCUUGUUAAUGUUGGCUGAUAAAGAUAACGAUUAUCGAGAAUACUAUUCACUUUCCAAGAAGAAAGUUUCCAGUAUAUUCCUGCCUGAAGCUAGAGGACGAGAGUGUUGUCCAUCCGAGGGAUGGCUCUGCACCAUGGAAGAUAGUACCGGAGACAUGAACUUGUUACAUGCUUUGUCCCGUAUCGAAAUUCAACUUCCUUCGCGAGAUGACUUAAUGGCUUCGAACGGUCUAGGAGAUGAUCAAGUGUUAUGGGACUGGACGGUUAAGGCCGUCUUAUCUGCCAAUCCUUCUAUUACAUCAGACUACAUAUUGGUGGUUAUGUAUCAUGCAAAUAUUAAUCGUUUGGCUUUUUGGCGACCUGGAGAUCUCAAUUGGACUAAUAUUAAUAUUAGCGUGGACAGAAUGGGUGAUAUCAUGGAUAUGAAUUAUUAUAAAGGUAAAUUCUAUUAUGUUACUGUUGGGGGUGAAUUCUGGGUUUUUGAAGUUCCAGGGCCUACCACCCCCAAACUCAAACCAACUGUAGAGUCACAAUUGCUUUAUUGGUGUGAAGAUGAUAUCUUCCGUCAUCAUUCAGUUCAGUAUUACCUAGUCGAGCUAUCUGGUGCACUAUCAUUUGUUAUUCGAUAUGCCUGUCAAUUUGAGGAUCAUAGAUAUAAGACCUAUAAAUUUGAAGUCUUUGAAGUAGAUUUAGUCAAGGGUGAAUUAAAGAUGGAGCCGAUUAAAACCUUGGGAAAUUUGGCCGUUUUUUUGGGUUCUAAUGCAUCAUGUUCCAUUGAAUCGUCUAAAUUUAUUGGAAUUAAGCCUAAUUAUAUAUAUUUUACGGAUGAUUGGCAUGAGAAAUUUCGCUGCUUAGAUGGUGCUGGGAGAGAUAUGGGAGCUUACAAUUUCGAAGAUGGGAAAAUUGAAUCUAUUUAUUCCGAUUUAUCACUAAGUCAUAUUUGUCCACCAGCUUGGAUUAUGCCAUUUCGAAUAAUGUGA